AUGGAGAAUGAAAACAUACACGCUCCCACUGUGCCCUCGGGGCCAACCAGCUCAGGUGCCACCAAUGGUAAUUCAACUCAUCUGAGCUUUGCUGAACUUCAACGGAAGAAGGAUGAGGUGGAAACCGAGCUCAAAGCCCUCGGAAGUGUUUUAGACUCUCACAACGUCAAUAUGGAAACGCCACUGCUCACAAGGGACGGGUUUCCUCGUGCAGAUUUAGAUGUCGCCCAGAUCCGGACAACAAGAGCUCGCAUCAUUCGUCUUCGGAAUGACUACAAGAGCCUAAUGAAUACCAUCGAGAAGUAUCUUCACGAGCACUUCGCCAGUCUUGACGAAGACGCAGUCGUGGAGGUGCCUGAGCAAACCACAAAUUCCAUCCUGCCGGAUUCCGAACCCGCUGUCCUCGAAGAGGCGUUUGCGAAGGUAAACACAGUUGCUCCCAACGGUCCCGCCGAUGCUGCUGGGCUGAAACCUGGUGAUGAAAUCCGGACAUUCGGCUAUGUGAACCACACCAACCACGACAAUCUCAAGAAGGUGGGAGAGUGUGUUCAGAGCAACGAAGGUGCCAACAUCUUCAUUCGAGUUUCCCGUACCACGCCCGGUGGGGCUGCGCGCCAGGAACUUCGCCUCACGCUCAAUCCCAGGAGGAAUUGGGGUGGCCGAGGAUUGUUGGGCUGUCACAUCGUUCCCAUCUAG